AUGUCACUUUUUCACCUUAUGAAAAUUUUGAAUGAAGACUUAAAAGAAAAUGGCCUUGACUCUCUAGUUAUUGUCCAUUAUAAUUGGGGUGGGAUCUCAAAAUUUUCCAAAUAUGAGAGCCAUGGUAUUGUAAAACUUACAUACUCUUCUAUUGAUGAAUUCAAUUCUGCUCUUCAACAAAUAUCACCAUCCAUUGCUGUUGUUUUUGAUAAUAUUUGGCACCAGUAUAUUUCAAAAGAGAAUGAAGGAAGAGGUUCAAUUGCGGAUUCAAUUAUGAAGCUAAAUGAAAUGCAGUACAAAAUGGAUGAAACCAAAGUCAAGUUGCAUAAAAUAAUUAAUAAUUCUCUUGAUAUGGAUAUAGUUGAAGAAUGUGUUGACCUGUUGGAAGAACUUAAGUUUAUCCAUUAUGAAAAUGUUAAACAAACAUUGAAUUCAUUGUCACCAACUUGGGAUGUAAAGGAAUCCAAACAAGAAGAUGUCGAAUGGUUAGAAAAUAAAUUACAAGAGGUGGACAAUAUAAUUAAUCAGGUUUAUAAAUGGCUUGAUGAGUGCAAAGACGUAAUGAAUUAA